AUGGGGCAACAAAACCCUCAGACCCGGCUUUUAAUCAACCUUCUAAAGGCAACAAAAGAGUACACUUCCUCAUUAGCUACUCACCUUGUUGCUUCCCAUACGGCUCUCUCUGGUUUACAAGCAUAUGCUUCUGCUUCUAAUCCAUCUACUGCUCCAGCGAUUUUGGGCCUCGCUGAUGCCCUUAAGGCGGCCGAUGACGCGUUGGCCCGUUACUCGAACGAAGUCGAUCGGUGGAAGGACCGUCUAAAUGAGGUCAAAGAUGCCGAAGAGGAAGUGGCUAAUAUACUCCGUGAUCGAGAGAUUUUAGUUACUCGUCUCAUUAAAGCGUCAAACAAGAAACCUACCCGCGAUUCAGUCAUCCAUUCUCCAUCACCAACCGGUUCUCAAGUUUCUCUAGGCACCAUGGGGUCCAAUAACAAAUCAGCUCAACAAGAACGCCUCAACAGUGCGCAAGUAGAGCUGCGGGCAUGCGAAGCGCAGCUUUCUCAUAAACAACGCGAGCUCGAGCAACUUCGUUCCCUUGUGAUCCGUGACGGUCUGGAGGCACGCUGCAUGGCGCUUAUUCAACUUGGCUCAGCAUUGAGCGAAAGUGGAGGUCAAGGAAUACGAGCGCUCAGGGACGACUAUCCCGAAGCUGCUGCCGAUGGUUACCAUCAGAAUAUAACGGUUACCAGCGAAUUGUACCAUGAUUUUCCACGACCCUCUUCCCCCACGGCAGCAUCAGAUACCUCACUGGCGCCUUCCCAGUCCGCCUCACAGAGCGGGAGUGGGUUAAGGAAUCAGCCCACUUUUUCCCUGGUGCCCUUGGCUGCUGCGCAUCGGCGAUCGACUAGAAUGGAACAUGUCGCAGAAGAAGGUGAGAGCAGCGGAAGCGAAGUCGGCGACCUGCAAGUUGUAGAAAACCCUCCUCGGACAUCCGAGGGCCCCCCCAUCGAGCAAUCAUCUCAGCCCGUUCCUUUGGGGCGAUUAAGCACCCAGUCAGCUUUCACAACCUCACCUUCUAGCACCAAUCGCCCGUACAACUUUUUGAUGACUCAUGUGCGACUUGGAAGCAUGCCACACCGCGAUCAUUCAUCGGACGUUGGGGUCUUGCCGAAUGCAGCUCGACGUCGAGACUCAGGCUCCGCCAGUUCGAGAGAUGUUGUCGCUUCUGAUGGGGGCCGCAGGAGACGUGGGUUUUUCGGUGCUGUGGCCGGUUUGUUUAAAAGCAGGAAGAAUGGUCACGGUCAUGAAGCCGGCCGGGGUCACCAACAGAAUCACACUGGUUCUAGCAACUGGAAAACUAGAACAGACAAGAACGUAGCCGAUAUGCGUGCGAAUGGCGUCGUGGGAUCUAACAACCUGGAUGACCAUUCCUCCGAUGAAGAGCAUCAGAAUCUAGUUGUGGUCUCGAACGGUUUACCCAGUACACGACUGACAGUGCCGGCAAAUAUGUUGCCUUCCAAAGGUGGGAAAGGCAAUGCAAACGAUGGCCUGGGGCUGUAUCUUACUGCGUCAACCUCAACAAAAUCAAAGGGGCCAACCCGAUCCAAGUCCACACCGGCUGCACCAUCGUGGUCGAAGAGUCUUCCUAGCAAAAAGAAGCGCGGAAUGAGUUUUGAUCUCGCCGUUGGUGCAUCGGAGCCGAAUGGCAGCAGGAUCUCCUCUCCCGGAAAAAUCAGAAAACGGAAUCCUUCGCUGUCUGGAAAGCCUACUCCCUCAGAGAGUUCCAUUUUGCCUGGUAAAACUGCUGUAAUUGGACUUUCCCCUUCAAGUGACGCAGCGAUUGCUGCCGAAACUCCUUCUCGAAAUGCUUCCAUUAAGCCUUCUAGAACAAGGGAACCCACGAAGAUGUUGCACCUGACGCCUCCAACAGAAGUUUCCACCGCCUGGCUGAGCAACACUCCAUUGAAGCAACAAUCAGCGCAUCGCAACAUUCCUCCACAUCACAAACGCACGGCUUCAACCAGAGACGCUCUAGCCGUGACAAAACCAGUCAAUCUUAUGAUGCUAGUGGACAACGUCGCAACCGAGCGAGCCCGAGAUGUAGCAAUUGGACAAUUGCAGCGCUCAUCUACCCCCAAAAUGAUACUACCCUCCGAAUACAUGAAAGCAGGCGGGGUUCCACUCUUCGAAGUGAACCCCCCAACACCUAACCACUCAAGCUCAAGUCACCCCCAAACGCGUGAACCACCAAAGCAAUCGUCCACUCUAUCAUCCCCUAACGGCCCUUCUCUGGAAGUGAGGCAUGAACCGCCUCCAAGAUCGACGUCUCCCCUUCGAAGUGCCUUGCGUCACCGACCAAUAUCCCCGUCCCAUUCUCAACCUACCUCGACCCCCCCGUCUCCCUCUGUGCCCUCCUUCAUUACUACAUCCCCACCACAAAUCUCUGUGCAUCCCCCCGCUCAACCUCCUGCGCCGGUUCCAUUGAGACCUCGAUCGUGGGCUCGUGAUUUCGAAGAUGACGCCUCUGCAUACGAGACGGCGUAUUCUGAGGAUGAAGCACCAGACAACGUGCCAACAUCUGAGAAGGGUGACCCACUCGCCGUCGCUGUUGCGAACCUGGAGGCGAAGGUAGCUGUAGACAACGGUAACGGCGUGAUUCCCAGCAAAAUGACCAAUUCGCCUCCAUCAACUGAGAUAUCCGCUGCGGAUGGCCUACUGAGAAGAAAGAGCGUGAGACUCGAUGUACCCGUGGCUCCGCAAGGUGAGCAUCACCUGUACUAUCCCGACCACAGCCUAUCUCCCGACAUGAACCGCGAGCUGCCAAAGCUCCCUUCGCUGAACUCCCCUAUCCCCGAGGAUAAGCCAAAGAAACACUUGAACCAACAAUCCGCAAAUGCUCACCCUACAAGCUUUAGCUCAAGAUCAAACCAAAGCUGGCACUCACGCAUAAAGGACGAAGGCUACGAUGUUUGGGCGGACAGCAGUGAGGAAGAUGAAAGUUACGCUGCAGCGAGAAGCCUGUUGGACAAAGCAAGGAGGAGGGAGAAAGCAGCCAAGGCUGAGGCUGCUAGGCUAUUAGGCGGGACAUCAAAGCAAGCGGCGAAAUAG